AUGCUAAAGUUUGAGACGAAUUUAACGGCCUCCACCUUCAACAGGAUAUUUUCAAUUACAACACCACUCUCCGAAUGCCUUCAAACUUGUGGCUUAGAUCUUCUUCAAGCAUGGAGAAUGGUUCAAUCUGCUAUUGGAAAAUUUGAAAUGAUCAGCAGAGAGUUUCCAACCGUCCUGAAUAUCACCACACAGUUCGCAAAGAAAGCCAAGAGCAAACGGGCUUCCUUUGAUACCGAUGUUGGAGUAGAAGAAAGUCUACCAUCCAAAGCGACGAAAAGAAUUCCAAAAAGGAAACUACAUUUCGGUGAAAAGGAUGACACUGACAAUAGGGCGAUGGAUGCUCAUGAGGACUAUCAAGUGCAGUGA